CCUCGUGUUGGCUGAUCAUCUGCCCGGACUGCUUCCCGCGUUGGCCGCCGUGAGCGCUGGGGUGCCCGUGCUAUGGGUCACCGGACAGGUGCGGCAGGGAUAUCUUGAGCCGGUAUCAAUGAGCACCCUCGAGCUUCGCAUGGAGGUGAGCGCUCGCGAAAUGUUGCGUGCGCUUCGCUCGCUCCUGCUUCAAGCGCAUUGGCACACAUUCUCGCUAGUAAGCGCUGUCGCUCACCCCCUACCCUCAGCCGCGCUUCAAGCGCUUCGCUCGCCCCCACUCCAGCCACUUUUCCGCACCCUACGUCCCGACGCUUCGUCCACUGUCAUAUUCAGGAUACUUUCGGAGAUCUCGCGCGCAACGAAAGGCGUGGUAGUUCUAAUAUCUGACGGCCGCACGGCUAGGCGCAUAAUGACGGAAGCCGCACGUCUAAACAUGGUGGCAGGCAACUUUGUGUGGAUCUGGAUCGACAGCGACGCCCAAGUCGCACCGUCGCAAGACGCGUCCCAACAUCCUCCCACACCUGAACCAUCACAGGACCAUGCCACCGAGCCCUUCACACUACGACGGCGAAAAACACGCGAUUCCUUGUCGAAAGCUGACUCGAGAUCGAAAAAAGGCGACCAGGGAUCGAAAAAAGCUGACCAGGGAUCAAGGUCUAAUUGGAGGUUGUACGGUGACCGAGGGUCAAACCUUGAUCGGGAGUUAGAUGAUGACCGAGGAUUGAACGAUGAUAGGGGGUUGAAUGGAGACCGAGGGUCAAACCUUGAUCGGGGGUUAGAUGAUGACCGAGGGUCAAACUUUGAUCGGGGGUUAAACGGAGACCGAAAGUCAAACCUUGAUCGGGAGUUGAACGAUGACCGAGGAUCAACCGUUGAUCGGGGACUGGACGAUGACCGAAGGUCAAACCUUGAUAAGGGGUCAGAUGAUGACCGAGGAUCAAUCGUUGAUCGGGGACUGGACGAUGAUCAUGUACCAAACCUUGAUCAACAGUUGAACGAAGACCUGGGGUCUAUAAAAGAUCGCCAGUCAAACAAUGACCGAAGAUCUAGAGUUGGACACCAGUCAAACGACAACCAAGGGUCAAGUCUAGACUUGGACUUUAAAGCUGACCAAGGGUCAAACUUUGAUCGAAUACCAAAUCCCAAUUAUGACAAGGUUGAUAACCGAGGGUCAACUUCUGAUCAAACAUCGAACCCUGACCGUAGGUCUCCAGUUAAAUUAAAACUUGACUGGGACUCAAAAGCUGUCCAAGACUCUGCCUCACUCAUAAAACUAGAAUUAGAAUCGAUUGUGAACUCAGUUAUCAAGAAGCAGUUUAGAAAUAGUGAUAGACAAAGUGAUAUAUUUAGAAAUAGAGAGGGCACUUCGAAUGGUGGGGAUAAGUUGAGGGUUGAUGAUGCUGAUUUAGAGAAUAUUGGUGGAAAGUUGAGGAAAUACAAUGAUCAAUCAAGGAAUAAUCAUGAGAUUUCACCUAGGAACAGUUUGAAAAAGCUGAAAAUUAACGGUGAUCAAUUAAUAAGUGACAUUAGAAGUAACAAUGAAAGAUUAAAAGGUAACCAUGAUGAUGAAUCACAUAGAAUCAGUGAGAAAUCAAGAUCCGAAGGGACAAAAGCAGAUGGGAAUAGGAAAUUGAAUUCAAACAACGAGAAUUACAGAAAAAAUGAUCAUUUGGAAUCAGAUGAACAGCUAGAGUUAGAAAUGGAAUCAAUGAUUAAAUCAGUAAUUGAUGAGCAAAUAAGUGAUCAUAGUGAGAUGAAUAGUAAUAAUGUACAUAGAUUAGAGCUCAGGUUUGAUAAACUUCAACGUAAUGAAGAUAAGAAGGUUGAUGAGAGAGAGACUAGUGGUGAAGUAAGAGCAAAAAAUAUUAGUGAGAAACAAUUACAAAUUGGUCUUACGAGUAAUAGUAGUCUAACACCAAAUUCUCCUAGCUAUAAUUUAACUGACAGUGAUAAUAGGUUAAGUGUUGAAGAUGUAAAUAAUUAUGAGGGAAAUGUUGAUUACAGAGAUGGGAGAAGUAGUAGACGUGAGGGAGAAAAGAGUAAACCACUGAACAGUGGGAGUGAUCAAGUAUCUUUAGGUGUUGUGAGAAUUUUGAAAGAGAAUGAUGAAGAAGUGGAUAGUGAUAGUAGUUUUAGUGAGAUAUUAGAGGUUAGGAACGCACAAACCAGUAGUAAUCAACAAUCUCCUAGUUUAAAAGUUGAUAGUAAUAGUUUCAAGAGUAGAAAUCAAGAGAAACUGAUUAACAACGAUGAUGUUAUAUCGAUAAAAUCUUCAGAAGUGGAGUAUUUUAGUAAGUUGAAGCAGAAAUCGGGUGAAGUAGAUGAGUAUAAGGAGUAUUUGUGUAGUAGUUCUUCUGGCGUUCAUGAGGAAAAACACAAGCAGGAUGAGAUUUGUAGGGAAUUUAGGAUAAAGAAACAUCAACUAAUCAAAACAAUAGAGGUUCAGGAUGAGGAGGGUGUGAAGGACGUGAAUAACUUGGCAACAGUGCAGGAUGUGAACAACUUGGCAAACGCGCAGGAUAUGAGCAGCUUGGCAACAGUGCAUGGGAAAGAAUACGAGUCCAAAAAGUCUGUUAAACAGGAGGAUUUGAGAGAUAGUGACAAAGUUGAUUUAGAUAUAAAUAGAAGUAGGACUAGUAUAUUCAGAAAUAGUGAUGAAACUAAUGAAUCACAUAUGUAUAAUAAUAGGGUUUCGAGUAAAUACCGAACUAAAAACGGAGAAAUGUUCGGGAAUAGAACUAUUCCAUCACAGACCAAGUCUACAUUCAGUUCAACACUUCGACGCUUGAGACGUAACGCGAAAAACAAUCGUCAAAACGUGCCCAAAUCGACAAUUCCCGCGAAAUCAGUUCCCGCCAGAACGUUUCCCGCCAAUUCGGGCGCCAUUGCGCGGGAAAAUGUUACCGCCAAAGUUCAAAAUGACGCAGUUCCUCUGCUGCCGGUCGGUUUGCUGGCGAUUCGACCGGUGCCGUUCAAGGUCGACCGCCAUUUUGUGCGCAGUGCGGUGCGCACAAUCGCCGAGGCGCUGAAACGUGCGGUGCACAAAAAGUGUGAAGCGGCUCAGCCGAUGCAGCCGCCAUUUUUGAACGAGCAACACUUCAACUGCUGGACCAGGACGAGACAUCUUAGGACCGAUUUCACCGAUGUUUUUUCUCGGGAAUUGAGGCAAGCAGUUGACGAAGCGUUAGCAGGGAGAUCUUCUGGCACAAAUGAAACUGUAGGAAACGACCGAAUGGCUGCUAGAAUACAAAUUCUCAACCUAGUUCCUGAAAAGUCCUCGCAUAACACCACAGAUCAGCAAAAACAAGAAUCGAGAGAAUGGAGACUGGUUGGCGAGAUCGUGGGUCACUCUAAUGUCCGCCUGGACUCGAUAGUGUGGCCAGGCGGCCAUCUUGUUCCCGCUUCGACUCCCAAAGGAGCUCGCAGUGUUUUCAGAGUGGUCACCGCUAUGGCUCCACCGUUCGUCAUGGAAGGGGAGCUAGACGAGGACGGUCAGUGUCUUCGAGGCCUGGAAUGCCACCGAUUACUCACCUCAGACAAGGACAACCUGACUCUUGUCUUCAACGAAAUGGAUCGAAUGGAGGAUGCCGACCCUAAGCACCAUUUAUGGGGCAUCUCAUAUCCCAGAUACAAGUACGUGACAAGCUGUUGCUAUGGCCUGGCAAUGGAUCUGCUGGAGAAUGUGGCCGAGGAGCUGGAGUUCGACUUCCACCUGUACGUGGUGGCGGACGGCAUGCAUGGCAGUCGCAAGGGGGGGCCCCACAAGUGGAACGGGGUCGUGGGCGACCUCAUGUCGGGGGCCGCGCAUAUGUCGUUCGCCGCGCUUAGUGUCAACAGUCCAAGAUCGGAGGUGAUAGACUUCUCAGUGCCGUACUUCUUCAGCGGCGUCUCACUGCUGGCCGCACCCAAGCAACGUACCGACAUUCCGUUGCUUGCAUUCCUGCUACCUUUUUCGCCCGAGCUGUGGAUCGCCAUCUUCACCUCACUCAACGUCACCGCUGUGGCGGUCGCCAUCUACGAGUGGCUCAGUCCCUUCGGACUCAACCCCUGGGGACGCCAGCGAAGCAAAAACUUCAGUAUGUCGUCAGCCAUGUGGGUAUGCUGGGGCCUGCUGUGUGGCCAUCUUGUGGCCUUCAAGGCGCCCAAAUCUUGGCCCAAUAAGUUCCUGAUCAACGUAUGGGGCGGAUUUUCGGUGAUAUUCGUGGCCAGCUACACUGCCAACAUAGCCGCCCUCAUCGCUGGUCUCUUCUUCCACAACGCCGUUGGCGAUUACCAUGAUCGAAGUUUGUUAUCUCAACGAGUGGCGACCCCUAAGGCUUCAGCGGCCGACUAUUACAUCCAUAAGGCCAACCAGAUGCUCUGGGACCACGUGCAGAAGUAUUCAGUCACCGAUGUCGCUGAAGGGGUCAAGCAUCUCAAGAAUGGGACACUGGAUAUCCUGAUAGCUGAUACUCCGAUUCUGGACUAUUAUAGAGCGACGGAUAACGGAUGCAAGUUGCAGAAAUUUGGUGAUACAAUCAAUGAGGAUACGUAUGCUGUGGGCAUGACUAAGGGAUUCCCACUCAAGGAUAGCAUAUCAGCAGUGAUGGCCAAGUACUCGAGCAAUGGCUACAUGGACAUUUUACAAGAGAAAUGGUACGGAGGUCUGCCGUGUUUCAAAUUGGCAACUGAAAUGGCUCAGCCUCGACCGUUGGGUGUGGCGGCGGUUGCUGGUGUUUUCCUGCUUUUGGGACUGGGUAUGGUUGUUGGGUGCCUUAUUCUUCUGGCCGAACACCUCUUCUACAGAUACACUCUGCCUAUUCUCAGGCAUAAACCAAAAGGAACCAUUUGGCGCAGCAGAAAUAUCAUGUUUUUCAGCCAGAAACUGUAUCGGUUUAUCAAUUGUGUUGAGCUGGUUUCCCCGCACCAUGCAGCCAGGGAAUUGGUGCAUACAAUCAGACAAGGACAGAUUACAUCGCUCUUCCAGAAAAGCGUCAAAAGAGUCUGUAUAGAAUCCCAGAAACUUUUGCAGCUGUCUACGAUUAUUAGGCGAGGGAAAGUCUUCAAGAGCCUUCAGUUUAUCUUCAUCCUGGAUGAUGCCUUCAGGUGUAAUGAUGUGACCCAAAAACUUGACUCUUUCUUUGAACAGAUCACAUUUGGAGGGUCGAAGGGUCAUGCCACACUUGAUGAGCCUCUGGAAGACAAUGUUGAGAUACUGGAUCUAGCCCGUCGACUGAGUCGCGACGUGUUCCGGUCCAAGUCGUCAGGCAACCUGCGACGCAUGAGCAGUGACAUCAGCAUGGGCCGACUGCUAGACUGCCACAGUUCACAAGCGAUCGGCCGGCGACUCAGUCGCGACACAAAUCUCAGUCCACCAGACAUCAACAGUCGCCGCGCCAGCUACCUGUCCGACUCACGCCGUGCGCCCUCUAUGGACAUAACCGGCAGUGGCGGCGACAUCACCUUGGCCCCGCCCAAGAGUCCCAACUACCUCACCAUGCCGACCGUCCGCUCCAUACCGGACAACAUCCUGACGCCAGCCGGCCUCCUGCCGGAUGCGUCCCGCUUCAGCUACAUCGACAUCAAGUCGCCGUCCUUCAAGAGCAAGCUGUCCCAGCGGCACGAACCGGCCGGACUCUCCCUGUCGCUGGGCGACCGACACCCUACAUCCUGGUCGUCGUCCUUUGUCGAACUCAACCCUCGUGUCAUUGUUUGUGACAACAAUGAAGGGUCACAAACAACAAACACUGAUCAGAAACCAGGGGUCAAUUCAGAUCAGUUAACAGGAGUGAACCCAGAUCAUCCCAGUGCUGCCAAACGUCCUAGCAUUGAUCAUCAGAGAUGGACAAACAAUGAUCAGAAACUUGAUGAGAGGCCUGAUCAUGUAGAUGUAGAUGGCUACAGUAAUGCUCAAAAACACACAGGUGACCGACCUGAACAUCUCAAACACAGUUUUGACCUUACCCCUGAUCAAAAUGAAGCAAAAUUGUCAAAGCAAUCCAGCUGGGCAAACUCAUCUGUCAACUCAACUGAGCAUAUGAUACAGAUCAUCAUACCUUCAGAAGAUGUGGCAUCUGCUAAAGAUGUUGGUACAUCCAGUUCUGUGACAACAAUAAAAAGUUCACCAAAGAAUAUUGGUUCCAUUCAACAGAAACCUCCAACUGCAACAAUAAAGAGUUCACCCAAAGAUGUCAGCCAUCAAAAACCACCCAUCGCUCCAAAGCUGUUCACUCAAAGCUCAGCCAAAGUUGUUGCUCAACCGAAGAUUCCUUCAGUGCCCAAAGCUGCAGUAGAUCAGAAAAUGGCGCUGAAUCUGGUGCUCAACGAACUGAAAGAGCGUUGCAAAGAGGUGAAUGCAGCUGCAACCGAUGAACCUCCUCCUCCACCUUCAAAUGUACCCAAAAUUGUGUCCUACAUCCCCAAGAAGCCUGCCAGGAAGAGUCUGGAGUCUGCUCAGCGGAGUAUGGAUGAUGCGGGCACAUCGGCGGCGGAGAAGCGGAGAGUGGCAGUUGAGCAACAAGGUAGGAGUCUGGACAGGAUGGGUGACCGCAAUGUAACUGAUAAACCUCCUCCGUUGCCUGCCAAGAAGGAACGUCGCCGAGUGCAUAAAGUGCGCAGUAGUGAGUGCUGUGAACCCAAUAAGUGUGCCGCUGAUGUCGCAUGCGGCGGAAAGUCACAGUCGCACGCGACUUGCGACAGGACAAAAGACCGACGUCCGUUGGUCACGUCGCGUAGCAACGACGAAGCAACUUCGAAUCGCAUCGCGCGUGAAGAUGCGAUGUUGGCGCGUCGCGAUGAUUCGUUAUCACGUGCCGACCACGCGACUUUGAGGCGGCAUCCCGUCUCCAUGGCAACGCUUGACAGGAAAGAUGUGACAUCAUCGAAAACAUCUACUUAAUAGUAGCUGAAGGCCUAUCAAUUGGCUACCACACUGUUUUAUUGCUGACUGUGCAAAUAUGGUCAGCGGCUCAAGGUGCUUUUAAACACUUUUUCAGACGUCUUUAGCAAUAUUUUUCAGCUUAUAUAAAAGAAUCAGGUUCACAUGUGAGUGAGAAUCUAAAAUAAUGUAUGUUGGGAAAUUUGAAUAAUGAUCCCCAUAAAAGUGAUAAUCAAGUAAUAACUCAACAUGAUAUCUUUACAAUUUUAAUCCGUGGCCUACUUCAUUGAUAGUCUAUUUUGUUCAAAUGAAUCAAUUCCAAAUUUCAAUUUUAUCAUACCUGUGCCAUGCAUACAUUGCUAUCAAUAAUAUUAAUCAUUCUAUUUUAUUGGUUUAUGAUAGCUUGAAUUCUCCAGUAGCAUCAGGCUUGUAGAGAACUCAUCAUUGAAGUCAUAUAGUUAUUACGUAAAAUUAUUAUAAAGCCUGCAUUGAAAGUUCAAUUAUGUAUAUUUUUAAUUUGACAUUAAAUUUUAACUUCAUUUUGUAGAUAACUAUAAAGUAUUAUACCUAUAUUUAAAAUCAGUAUCACCACAUUUACCACUGCAUUAUUCUCCACAUGAAUUUCUAGAUUUUUCUAUAGUUUCAUGAUAAUUUUAAUGUUAGAUAGACUAAUGUUUCAGAAAGUAAAGUUUUUUUUAUGCCCAGAAAAAGAUAUGAUGAUGAAUACAAUAAGAGAUUUUUACAUCCUGCUCUUGAAUAAAUAAUCAACUAUUUCAUUAUCCAUCCCCCUUCAAUCCAUCAGCAUAUUGUCACAAUCAAUAUUAUGAACUAUAAUAUUGCUAUUUAGGCGUGAGUUCUUGUUUUAUGUAUCGUCUUCAACUUAUUUCUGUGCUCAAAUAGAAAAAACAUCAAAUACAUUGUUAAUAAAGGAAAGAUAACUUGUUCAUGAGAAAAUAUUCCUUUGUAUGUUGAAAAGUAUUGCUGAAUACAACGAAAUUACUAGCAAAAAUAAUCCAGACGCUUCAGACUGUAGGCCAAAAAUUGUUAUUGUUAUCGUACUUAAGAUGAGCCAAAGAUUUGUAAAAAUUUGUACGCAUUUUUAUACAGAACUAACGUUAAAUUAGCUAAUGAAUUAUUCAGUCCUAUCGAAUAAUGGCGACUAAUAAUAUUAACUAUCACUACUAAAUAUUAUGAAAAUACUAUAGUUAAUUUACUAUGAACUUAGGCCUUUGAAAGUUACCUGUACCUUCUAAAUAAAAAUAAACUCUCGCUGUGUUUUAUUAUAGUGUUAGCUUGUGCUCUAAUGUAGAAAACAAAAGUCCACUAGUGAUUAUAAUUUUUUUGUAUAAUAACGGAUAUAGAAUAUUAAACAACUUACUACCUACUAUCGAUGAAACUGAGGUAAAUACUUAUACUUUAUGAAAUAUCUUAUCACCACAGAACUAUUGUUUUGAAGAAUCAUACCCUUAUAUUUGUUCCGAUUACAUUCAAGUUACUCAGUCCUAUUCACAAAAAUUACUCGUAUUAUCUUGUUUUGAACUAUAUAUGCAGUGCAUAAUAGAUUGAUAGAUUUAUCAUUCCUAGAAUAUUAUGUUAUGUUCUCGGUAUCCCAAAGAAAUAUUUUGAAUCAUAAUAACUGGAAUAUUAUUAUAAUCACAGACUGUAACUAAUAUACAUUAAAUCAACAAAAGUAAGAAAACGUUAAUCGAUACUCAUUGAGUGUUACUCUUUCAUCUCAGUUUCAUGAAGGAAUCGAAUCCAUAAUUACAAGAAUUAUGAAACAAAUUUCACACACAUAGAAGUCAUAUUCAAUUAGUCUGUUUACUGUUAACAGUUAUCUUACUGUUAAGUCUUAACAGUCAAAUUAUAUUGAUAUAAUUGAAAAGAUAUAUUAAUACAUAUUAUUGGCGAGAUAUUGAAAUUCUUUAUGGACUGAACCUCUCCUGACAUUAGAUAGUUAAGUCCAUAUGAGUCAAGUCCAAAUCAUUUGAGAACUGGGUAUAUAUUUUGAUUCUUCAAGUCACGAAUUAGUAAGUACUGUAAUUUCAUAGGAGAGGCGAUUGGAAACUGCUGAAUUGUCCCAUUUACUAUGAAACUAUGGACGCAUCCAAUUCUUAUGUUGAAUCAGCAAAUAGUUUUCAUCUCAUUUAAAAUAAUAAAUAAUUGAAUAAAAAAACACAUGUGUUGUCAAAUUCUAUACAGUUUUAUUCGACAGAGAAUUUAAUUCAAUUCUACACAGAAUUCAAUUCAAUUCUACACAGAAUUUAAUUUAAUUCUACACAGAAUUUAAUUUAAUUUAAUUCUACACAGAAUUUGACAACAUAUGAGUGUUUUAUUCAAUUAUGGAACGUUUCUACAAUAUUGACAAUGACUCAGUCGAAUAUAUAAUAAAUAAUUACGUUUUAUGAACGUUACUGAUCCCUAAUGAUUAGGCUAUGUAUUCAUUACAAAUUUGAUUCGAAAAUUUAUUCAUUAUUUUUCCUAAGUGACCCAGCAAAAAUACUUUGGAUAUUCCACCUUUAUAGAACCAAUCAUUUUCCUGAACGUGUGAUGAAAAAUGUAGGUAACAAAUUUCCUCCAGGAAAGAAGUUUGGAGAGUAUAUGAAUCAAUAAAAAAUUCUUCUUAUUAAAUAACGAAAUAUAUCUCCUUCAACUGUCGCUAAUGUAUAAUAAUGAAACUUUUCAGCAGUGAUUUUUAUUUGAAUAUUGUUCAUUUAUGUUGUAGAAUACAAUAUAUUAUAGUAUUCAAAUCGCUACAAAAGGAUUAAACACCAAAGUAGUUGUUAGUGAUGUCAUAGUUGAGUUGAACUGUCAAACUCGACUACUUUUUGUUUUCUAAUAUUUCAAUUCCUCCCAUUUUCAGAAACCCAGAAAAAUUGGAAAAAGUUAUGUGAUUAACCACACUAUUCUUAAAUAUGAAAAUAAGAAUACAGUGAGUCAAUGUUGUUGUAAAGAGAAUUGUUAUUACAAUUACAGCAAUAUAUAAGUAUCUAAAUUCUAAUAAUGUCCGCAAAUGAAACUACAAAUAAUAUAAAAUUUGCAAAUUUAUUGCGUUUUAGAGUUUAUGGUUGUGUUACAUCAGAUUGAGAGUUUAUAUAAUAUUCUUUCUUGUAAAAUUAUAACUAGUUAGUUGUAGUUAUAAUAAUAGCAGAGAUAUUCGGCCAAAUACUUUAUAAAAAUAAAUGAUAAUGAAAAUAAUAGUGAUUGAAAAAACCUCUAUAAAAUAAUAAUGAUGAGAUAGCAAAGGAAAUAUUAUAUAUUAUUAUACUUCCAUGAUAUACAGCAAAGAAUAUAUUAAUGACAAAAUCGUUAUGAUCUACUAUUCCAUUGAAAAUAAUAAUACUAAUAAUAAUAAAUGAAAUAAUAGUAAAGUAUUGUUGAGACCUUCAAAACUAUAAUAGUUGAAUCAGAAGUUAUAUUGUUUAUAAGUUUUUAAAGCACCGUAAAUAAUAUUAUCGAUUUGUUGAAAGAAAUGAAAAUUAUAAAGUAUCUUAUGAUAAAUUAUUACUGUUACAGUAUUCAUGACAAAAGAAAUUACUAUACUAUGUCUUUUAGAACCUAGAUGCCUUCGUCUAUUUUACUAUUAAUAAAUGAAUAAAUAAAUAUAAAAAUAUAUUAUGAAACUAGUUAUAAGCACUAUCUUUAUAACUGAGUUGAUAAUGCAAAAUGUUUUGGAAUCUGCGACGAAAUCAUUUAUAUUUUCUAAAAUUGAUUGCCUGUUUAUUGUAACUUCAAAGUGUAAUGAAUUAUGUAGCCUGUACAGUAUUAUAAUCUGAAUAAAUUACAUUAUUUGUAUUGGGAUUAGUUGAAGAUUGGAUUCGAACAUUUUACAUAUUUUCAAAAAAAAAUCUCUCUUGUGAUAGAUUACAGAAGAAACAAGAAAGGACAUCUGAGAAUGUCUAAUUUCCUCCAGAAUACCCAAAUCUUUACUACAGUAAUGUCGAUGAACAUUCUAAAAUUAUAAAGUAUUAUUAAUUUAUUUGAGGUAGAUAACCUGUUACACUAAAAAUUACGAUGUAUCUACUGUCAAUUCUUCCCCUUAAUGCCGAUUUAUGCAGUCGAUUUUGAUUAAUGUGAGAACAAUUAUUAUUUUAGUUUACUCAUAUUUAUUAUUGAUCUACUGACUUUGACUUUUUAUGCAAGGUAAUGCUAAAAAAAACCAUGUUACUUCAUGGAAUGAACUGGAUUUUCUCACUGAGAAAACCUUCAUACUAAUAUUGUUAAUAUUCAUUACUUCUAUUGUUAAGAAAAGUGCCCCAUUUUUGUUUUAUAACUGUCCAUAUUCCACAAAAUACACUGUCGACUGAUAAUAAAAAUGUUUCAGCUCAAUAAAAAUCUAUCAUUGAAUCUGCAAAUUCGUGAAUUUUAACUCUGAUACUCAUAUAAUGUCAAUUAACAAUAUUCCUCAAUACUAUUUUAUUUCUAAAGGUUUUUCUAUGGAACGUAUUGAUCAAAAUUAUUUUUACACUACCUACAUAAGAUUAUUUAUUUCUUGGAUUGCAUUGAUUAUCCUUCUUUUUCAUUUACUGUUUAUUCUGAAUCAUUCAUACUGUUUGAAAUAAUUGUGUUUGACUCUGUUACUUGUUGAGAAAUAUAUUAUUUGAA